CCAUCCAUCCAUCCCUCCAUCAUCCAUCCAUCCAUGGAUUCCCUCCAUCCAUAUUUUUCCAUUAAACCACCUCUCCAAGGCUCCCUUUUAUCACAAAUCCGCCCCCAGGUAUCCCUGUCACCCUCCCGGGCACUGGGGGGGUGUCACAGCACGAAACCACAAGGCAUUCAGAGGAAAAAGAAGAAAAAUCCCCCUCAAAAAAAAAACCCCAAAAAAUCCCACCAAAAAAAAAUCUGGAGCUUUUAUUCUGCGAGCAGGAAGCGCCUGUGUCUCGGGAAGGCGACUCCACAUCCGCUCCAGCGCCAGCACAUUCCCUGGGAAUGGGAGCAGCCAGGGGUGACCCCGCUGCUGGUGGCCCCCCAGGGCUGGGGACAUGCCAGGGAUGAGGGUGGCAGUGGCACAGGUGCUUCCCAGAGCUCAACCCCCAGCUCCCCAGAGCGGAAUUCCCGGCUGGAGCUGGAGCAGCGCUCACACAACCCCACCCUGGGCUCCUUUUGGCACCACAAAGGGCAGAGCUGACCCCAAAAAGCAGCGCUGACCCCCAGAAAUGUUGUCCCCAACAGCCAGAGCCAGCCCAGCCGCGUGUCCUGAGCCCGUGGCGAGGUGCAGGAAUCAUUUCUGCUCCAGCACCGCUCCUCUGGAGGCUGUUCCUGCAGGAAGUUUCCUGUUUGUGCACACAAAGUCUGCUUGGGGACGAUCAGUGAUGAUUUUUGGCAGCAGGGCCAGCUCAGCGCUCGGCCUCUGUGCCGGGGCAGCCACCGGGGCUGGAAAGCCUCUCAGCAAGCUCCGAGCGUGGGGAGUUCAGCCGAGGACACGGCCGGGGCCGCUCCGGGAUUUUUUUUGUCGCUGGAAAACUCCAAAGGCUCGGCUGGGCUGGGAUAAAGAGCAGGGAGCAGAGAGGGUGUGGGGUCCCGGGGGUGCCGGGGACAGAGGGACCAGCCCAGGGCUUCCUGCAGCCCCCAGGGCCAGGAGGGGCUGGCUGGUGACAAACCCAACAUUUCUCCAGGGAAAGGAGCUCUGGGGCCCCCUCAUCCCAAGGGAUUCUCUGCAGAGCUCGGGGAGCUGCAGCCCUGGGGGCAUUUCCUGGACCCCUGGGCAGCAGCAUCAGGGGCUCUUUGGACCCCAAUCCAGCUCUGUCCCAGCUCCUGGCGGCUGUUUGGGCUCCUCGGGGAUGUCUUUCCACGGGAAUAAAACACCGGAGGAGGCGCACAGCAUCCAAUUAUCUGUUGGAUCUUGCAGCACCCGAAAGGGGAUUUUGGAGCCGCCCGGGCCCAGCACCACCCGGGCAGGGCAGCCCAGGAGAGCGGGACGGCUGCCGAGGGUGCUGCUCAGCCCAGGGAUGCCAUCUGCUGUUCACCGCUCUGGGAGGAGACCCAGCACGGCUCGGCCCAACCAAACCACCCAAACCUGCGGAAAUCCCCAAACCCGCCCAAAACCAUCCCGAAAUGCAGGCACAGCCAGGAGUGCCCGGCCCACCCGGACGGGGCUCAGGUCACAUCUCCGCCACCCGGAGGGUGGGCACAGCCCUGCUGGGCCAAAACCAGGGAGGUUGUGUCCCUCAGGACUCCAUCUCCCAGGCAGGUUGUGUCCUGCAGGACCCCAUUUCCCAGGCAGGUUGUGUCCCUCAGGACCCCAUUUCCCAAUUUCCCAGGGAGGUUGUGUCCUGCAGGAUCCCAUUUCCCAGGGAAGCUGUUUCCCUCAGGACCCCAUUUCCCAAUUUCCCGGGGAGGCUGUGUCCCUCAGGACCCCAUUUCCCAAUUUCCCAGGAAGUUUGUGUCCUGCAGGAUCCCAUUUCCCGGGGAGGUUGUGUCCCUCAGGACCCCAUUUCCCAAUUUCCCAGGAAGGUUGUGUCCUGCAGGAUCCCGUUUCCCAGCAGGAGCAUCCCAGGGAAGGGCAGGGCUGAGGCGCAGGCUGAGAAGGGUCAGGGGCGGGAGGUGAAUGCCACCCUCACCCUCUGGGCGUGGGGAAAAUCCCCCCCGUGCCAGGGGCACCCUGGGCUGGCACUCGGCAUCUCCAGGGAUCCUGUGGGGUGAUGGAAGCUUGGGGUUCAUCCAGAGGCAGACACCUGGAGCUGUUUUUCCCUCCUCGGGGGCUCAGAGCUGCUCGUGUCCCCCUCUCUGGAAGCUCGGGGCUCUCCCAGCUGUGGUUCUGUCACCCCCAGUCGCUGUCCCCUCCUCCAUAAAUCCCAGGGCGCUGCUCUGUCCAGGGUUUCUGGGGGCAGGAAGGGAAGGAUCAGGCUCCACAGAGGAUCCCUCCUCCCCCUGCUCCAGCCGAACAAAGCACCGAGCGCUGAGCGGGGCCCGGGAAUCAGGAGAAAAAGAGCUGGGAAAGGUUCCUUAAGGACAAAGAAAAUUCCUCAUUAGCAGCCGGGCUCGGCGCAGGGGCGGCUCACGGGGAGAUUGGCUGUGCCGGGGUUGGGCUGGAGGGGAAAGCUCCUCUCUCCCUUCAUUCCCCUCCUGUUCCCCUCCUCCUUUCCCCAGCGCUCCACAUCGGGGGAUCCCGCCUGGAAUGAGGGGAGAAGAAUCCUGACCGCCGCUCCCUCUGUCCCACCGUGUCCCCGGAGCUCCACAUGGAGCUCUUGGAGCUCCGAAUGGUGCCCUCGGAGCUCUGAAUGGUGUCCUCAGAGCUCCACACGGCAUGCUCGGAGCUCCACACGGUGCUCAUGGAGCUCUGAACUGCGUUCCUGGAGCUCCGCACGGCACCCUCAGAGCUCCGCACGGUGCCCUCGGAGCUCUGCACAGUGAUCAUGGAGCUCUGAACGGUGUCCUCGAAGCUCCACACAGUGAACUAUGUUCCUGGAGCUCCACACGGUGUUCCCGGAGCUCCACAUGGUGUUCCUGGAGCUCCACACAGUGUUCCCGGAGCUCCACACAGUGUACCUGGAGCUCCACACGGUGACAGGAGCGGCCCCAGAUGGAGAGGCGACACAGCAGGGACAGCCCGGCCUGGGACCCUUGGAGCUGUGGGGAGCAGUUCCUCCACCUGAUGUCCCCACGGAGCUGUGACAGUGACAGGAGGGGACCCCUGGCCAGCGUGGGGGUUCCUCAUGGACAGCAGUGCCAGGAAGGGCGGCACCAGGAUCCCUGGAUGUGGUUCUGGAGCAGCUGCUGGAUGGUGCUGUCCCAGCUCCAGGAGCUGCCAGCACCGUCCCCAGUGCCACUGCUGGGGACAGCCAGGGGCAGGGACAUGUUCCAGGUGGGAUUCUCCUCCAGGUGGGAUUCUCAGGAAUCAGAGGCACAGGGAUCUGUUCCAGGUGGGAUUCUCCUCCAGGUGGGAUUCUCAGCAGUCGGAGAGGCACAGAGCCCUGCUCCAGGUGGGAUCCCCACUCAGGUGGGCUUAGAUCAGGAAUCAGAGAGGCACAGGAACCUGUCCAAGGUGGGAUUCUCCUCCUGGGAGUUCCAAUCAGGAAUCAGAGAGGCACAGGGUCCUGUUCCAGGUGGGAUUCUCAGGAGUCAGAGAGGCACAGGACCCUGUUCCAGGUGGGAUUCUCCUCCAGGAGUGUUCCAGUCAGGAAUCACAGCGGCACAGGGCCCUGUUCCAGGGGGAUUUUCAGGAGUCAGAGGCACAGGGCCCUGUUCCAGGUGGGAUUCUUCCAGGAGAGUUCCAGUCAGGAAUCACAGAGGCACAGGGUCCUGUUCCAGUGGGAUUCUCAGGAGUCAGAGAGGCACAGGGUCCUGUUCCAGGUGGGAUUCCCACUCAGGUGGGUUCCACUCAGGAGUCAGAGCGGCACAGGGAUCUGUUCCAGGUGGGAUUCUCUCCAGGAGAGUUCCAGUCAGGAGUCAGAGAGGCACAGGGAUCUGUUCCAGGUGGGA